CAGGCGCACAGGAAGGACUCGCAAUCUCCGGAAGUCGCGUCUCUGGGAGGCUGUAGGGAAGGUACUGGCGGGGGACACAGGCACCCGGAGCCUGUAGGCGUCCUUAGGUCGCCAUGAACCGACUCCAGGAUGACUAUGACCCCUACGCGGUGGAAGAGCCGAGCGACGAGGAGCCGGCUCUGAGCAGUUCUGAAGAUGAAGUGGAUGUGCUUUUACAUGGAACCCCAGACCAAAAACGAAAACUCAUCCGGGAAUGUCUUACUGGAGAAAGUGAAUCAUCAAGUGAAGAUGAAUUUGAAAAAGAAAUGGAAGCUGAACUAAACUCCACCAUGAAGACAAUGGAGGACAAGUUAUCCUCGCUGGGAACAGGGUCUUCCUCAGGAGUUGCCAAAGUGGGAGGAGUUACAACAAAGUACUAUGAUGAGAUAUAUUUUGAUUCUGAUUCUGAGGAUGAAGACAAAGCAGUAACCAAGAAAAAGAAGAAGAAACAACACAGGAUUCCAACAAACGAUGAGUUGCUGUAUGAUCCUGAGAAAGAUAACAGAGACCAGGCCUGGGUUGACGCAAAGAGGAGGGGUUAUCAUGCUUUUGGAUUGCAGAGACCACGUCAGAAACAACAGCCUGUUCCAAACAGCGAUGCUGUUUUGAAUUGCCCAGCCUGUAUGACUACAUUGUGCCUUGAUUGCCAGAGGCAUGAAUCCUACAAGACUCAGUACAGGGCAAUGUUUGUGAUGAAUUGUUCUAUCAACAGAGAAGAGGUUCUAAGAUACAAGAAUCCAGAAAAUAGGAAGAAAAGGCGGGGUGCUAAGAAGAUGAGGUCUAAUCCUGAAGAUCCUGCAGAGAGAGAAGUGGAAGAAAUCUAUCACCCUGUCAUGUGCACAGAGUGUUCAACUGAAGUGGCAGUCUACGACAAGGAUGAAGUCUUUCAUUUUUUCAAUGUUUUGGCAAGCCAUUCUUGAACAAUGUGACAGGUAACUGCCCAGCUCUGUGUAUAAGGCAAACAUAGACUCUUAUUUUCCUCUUUCCUAUUCUUAUCAUUCAGUGAUGUUGUUAUUAAAACAGUAUUUCAUCUUUAUGAAAAGGAGUGGUUAUCAACCUCUAUCUCUUCUCCCUUUUUUUUUAGUUUUCCUAUGAGUAAUGAUAAAGGUGAUUAUUCAUUCCGUUUCUGGUACAUAUUUGGAGACUUUGGAGCUUCUUAUUUAUUAAAUUAGCUUCCUAGAAUCAAA